GAGAGAGAGAGAGAGAGAGAGAGAGAGAGAGAGAGAGAGAGAGAGAGAUGGCCAACAAUACCCAUAGGAUCAGGAAGAAGUUGGCCAACAAUACCCAUAGGAUCAGGAAGAGGUUUGCGUUGAGGAGGAGAAAGCUUCAGAUCUUACAAAUCCUAGCCAACUCAAAAUCUGUAAGGAAGAGUUCAUUGGUUUCGGAUUAUUUAACCAACAUAUGCAAGCUCAAGCUCAAGUUGGAAGCUAUCCGAAGAGAGUACUCAAACCUUAUAGCUGUGAAGAAACGAUGCCUACUCCUCCUCGAGAAUAUGAGGGAACCCAAGGUGAAGGUACAAAAAAUUGGGGACAAAUUCGAAGUGAAAGUCGAAUGUGAGAGAAGAGAAGAUGGGCUUGUUUCAAUCUUGGAAGUCCUAGAGGAAAUGGGUCUUGAUGUUUUGCAAGCUACGGUUUCUUGCGACCAUUUUUUCUCUAUGGAAGCUCUGGUUGUUGCUCAAGAUCAAGCCCUGGAGGCUAGUGAUGUCGCUCAAGCAAUUCUUAAAGCUAUUGAGAAGCAAGUUGGAGAAGAUCUUGUGACCUAACUUUAGUCUAUUGAUCUUCCGGGGAUUUAAGUAAUAUGCUAUAGAAACAAAAUAUUUACAAGUAUUGACAAGCAAAAAAUUCUACGUGGCCUUGUAUCAUUUGUUGUGACACGAAUCAUGUCCUUUGGCGACGAGAAUGAACAAAUGAUACGUGACCACGCGUCAAUAUCUUGUAGUAAUUUUGCAUCUCUUGUAUUUGCCAGUAAGUCCAUGGCUACUAAAGUCAGUUCUUUCUCUUCUUC